GGGGCGGGCCCGCGCUUCGGGCGCGCGGCGGAGGGGUCGCCCCAGGCAGAGCGCGCUGAGCCCUGAGGGGAGCCGCUGCCCGCUGCAUGGAAGACCCGGCGGUGCCCGGGGCAGGGGUCCCGCCCGCCAACGGCAACGGCAAUGGCAACGGCAACGGCAACGGUGGCAGCAAAGGGAAGCAGGCGGCCGCCAAGGGCCGAGAAGCGUUCCGAAGCCAGCGGCGGGAGUCGGAGGGCUCUGUGGACUGCCCCACUCUGGAGUUUGAGUAUGGAGAUGCAGAUGGGCACGCGGCAGAGUUGUCAGAAUUGUAUAGCUACACUGAGAACCUGGAAUUCACCAAUAACAGAAGAUGCUUUGAAGAAGAUUUCAAGACUCAAGUGCAGGGCAAGGAAUGGCUAGAGUUGGAGGAAGAUGCUCAAAAGACCUAUGUAAUGGGACUCCUGGACCGGCUGGAGGUGGUCAGUAGGGAGCGGCGGCUGAAGGUGGCCCGGGCUGUUCUUUAUCUGGCCCAAGGCACUUUUGGGGAAUGUGAUUCAGAGGUCGAUGUGCUACACUGGUCCAGAUACAACUGCUUCUUGCUGUAUCAGAUGGGGACCUUCUCGGCCUUCCUGGAGCUACUCCACAUGGAAAUUGACAACAGCCAGGCCUGUAGCAGCGCCCUUCGGAAACCAGCUGUUUCCAUUGCCGACAGCACAGAGCUCCGAGUGCUGCUGAGUGUCAUGUACCUAAUUGUGGAAAACAUCCGCCUGGAGCGAGAGACAGACCCCUGCGGGUGGAGGACAGCCCGGGAGACCUUCCGCACUGAAUUGAGCUUCUCCAUGCACAAUGAGGAGCCUUUUGCCCUUCUGCUCUUCUCCAUGGUUACCAAGUUCUGCAGUGGCCUGGCUCCCCACUUCCCUAUAAAGAAGGUCCUGCUCCUGCUCUGGAAGGUGGUUAUGUUUACCCUUGGUGGAUUUGAGCAUCUGCAGGCUCUCAAAAUACAGAAGCGGGCAGAAUUGGGCCUGCCUCCACUGGCUGAGGACAGUAUCCAGGUGGUGAAGAGCAUGCGUGCUGCCUCCCCACCCUCUUACACUCUCGACCUGGGGGAAUCUCAGCUGGCGCCACCACCCUCCAAGCUGCGAGGCCGCCGUGGUUCUCGAAGGCAACUCCUCACUAAGCAGGACAGCCUGGACAUCUACAAUGAAAGGGAUCUCUUCAAAACUGAGGAGCCAGCCACAGAGGAGGAAGAGGAAUCUGCUGGUGAUGGAGAACGAACCUUGGAUGGAGAGUUGGACCUGCUAGAGCAGGACCCUCUGGUGCCACCUCCACCCUCACAGGCACCCCUCUCUGCUGAGCGGGUGGCCUUUCCCAAGGGCCUACCUUGGGCCCCAAAGGUCAGGCAGAAGGACAUUGAGCACUUCUUGGAGAUGAGCAGGAACAAAUUCAUCGGAUUCACCUUGGGGCAGGACACAGAUACCUUGGUUGGAUUGCCCAGGCCCAUCCAUGAGAGUGUGAAGACCUUAAAGCAGCACAAGUAUAUCUCCAUCGCAGAUGUGCAGAUCAAGAAUGAAGAAGAGUUGGAGAAGUGCCCCAUGUCUUUGGGAGAAGAGGUGGUACCAGAGACACCAUGUGAAAUCCUCUACCAGGGCAUGCUGUAUAGCCUCCCUCAGUACAUGAUUGCUCUGCUUAAGAUUCUUUUGGCUGCAGCUCCCACUUCCAAGGCUAAGACAGACUCUAUCAACAUCCUGGCAGAUGUCCUGCCUGAGGAGAUGCCCAUCACUGUUCUUCAGAGCAUGAAGCUAGGCAUCGAUGUGAACAGGCACAAGGAGAUCAUUGUAAAAAGUAUCUCCGCCCUGCUCCUGCUACUCCUCAAACACUUCAAACUUAACCAUAUUUACCAGUUUGAAUACGUAUCACAACAUUUGGUAUUUGCCAACUGCAUCCCUUUGAUCCUGAAGUUCUUCAAUCAAAAUAUCUUGUCAUACAUCACUGCCAAAAACAGCAUCUCGGUCCUGGAUUACCCUUGCUGUACCAUCCAGGAUUUGCCGGAGCUUACUACUGAGAGCCUGGAAGCUGGAGACAACAACCAGUUCUGUUGGAGAAACCUCUUUUCCUGCAUCAACCUCCUGAGGUUGCUCAAUAAACUGACCAAAUGGAAACAUUCCAGGACCAUGAUGCUAGUGGUGUUUAAAUCGGCUCCAAUCUUAAAGCGGGCCCUCAAGGUCAAACAGGCCAUGCUGCAACUUUAUGUCCUAAAGCUGCUAAAGAUACAGACCAAGUACCUGGGUCGCCAAUGGAGGAAAAGCAACAUGAAAACCAUGUCAGCCAUUUACCAGAAAGUACGCCACCGCAUGAAUGAUGACUGGGCUUAUGGGAAUGACAUCGAUGCCAGGCCAUGGGACUUCCAAGCAGAAGAAUGCACCUUGCGAGCCAACAUUGAGGCUUUUAACAGCCGCCGGUAUGACAGACCCCAGGACUCUGAAUUUUCACCUGUGGAUAACUGCCUCCAGAGUGUGCUGGGGCAGAGGCUGGAUCUGCCUGAAGAUUUCCACUAUUCAUAUGAGCUCUGGCUGGAGAGAGAGGUGUUUUCACAGCCCAUCUGUUGGGAGGAGCUGCUCCAGAAUCACUGACUGAGCUCCUCUUAACAAAGCAUUGAUAGAUGGAGGUUGGCUCCAAUAAAUGGUGCUCUGCCUACCCUGCUAAGCCUUCAUUUCCAGUUCUAGGAGUGCUUUUCAAGGGGCGAUAUGGCCCAGCCCUAGGACAUCCAGUACAGUUCAGGGCUAUUCUGGAGUUUGUUGGGCCUAGAGAUGGCGCAAGGCGGAAUCCUGAGUCACAACAAAAUGAUUAACAUUUUUUUUAUCCCAGUAUUCUCUGGGGUCAGUUGGGUGCCCACUUGGUCUUGAAAAUCUUUUAGUGAUUCAGUCCUGGACAGGCUCUUUGGUGGGACCUCUCCCUCUCCCUGCUUUAGUCUUGGCUAGAACUAGUCUAGCCUUAGCUGGCCCCAAGAGUGAGAGGAAGUUUGUUAUGGCAUUUGACUCCUAGCAUUCAUCACAGAUAGUGUGGGAUACAGGUUGUAAAAUAGGGAGAAAGUUUUCUUCUUGUUCACCCUGGAUUCCUAGGACUUAUCAGAGGUUUGGCAAAACCAACUUUGAAAUUAAGUCUAUAUUUUAAAUUUUGACACUCACCUCUUUCUAAGAUCAUUAGCUCUAAGAUGAUUUUAGAGCACCUGCACCUUCUUUGUGGAGGAUGAUGAUUUACUAUUCCCUAAAUAGUGCAUGUUAUAGAAAAGUGUGUUAUGUAGUGUUUUUUUCUUUAUUACCUAAGAGAUCUGUGUUCAAUGUGAAAAUUAUUUCCUUGUGUACUCUGUAUAGGGCAUGGAGUACUCUGCUAUUUUUAAAGAGCUACAACCAAUAUGAAAUAAUCAGGCCUUCUUUAAGGAUGUUCCAUGUUUUUCUGAAGCUACUUCCAUCUUAAGAUGGCUGAGUAUACUGCAAAAAAUUAUCGUUUUCAUGCAAUUCAUUUUUUAAAUGACAAGUUAGCUACAGGAGGUUUUAUUUAUUGAGAUGUUAUGUCCAUUUGUGCUCACGAUUUAUUUAUUUUUUUAAUUGAAAAGAACAGCAAGAGCAUCACAGCUUACCAUUUUUCUUUUUCUCCAAUGUUGAUUAAUGAUUUUUUUCUUUUAUUGCUAGCAGUUUCAAAGUAUCAUGUGGAGAUUUAGCAAUACUGUUUCUAUCAAAAAUAUUGCACAUUUCAUUGAAAAUAUAAGGAUUUAUGUGCUAACCUCUUUACACUUCUCUCUUUUACAGCAGUAUCACAUACCACCCAAAAGAAACUAGGUUUCUAGAAAAGUUUCUGAUUUAGUCAGGAUUAUUUUAUUUCUCUUCUGUCCCCAGAAUUAUGUCAUCUAUAUCUUCAAGCUUUUUUACUUUAAAUUGUUCCCCCCAACAUAGACUCUGCUGAAUCUUUUAAUGAUGGCACCAGGUCACCUUAUGCUGGGAGAUGUAGUCAAAAUUUGCUUAUUUACUCUGUCUUUUGCUAACCACAGUCUCACUUGGAGGUCAUGAUAGAAUACUUGAUAAUAUCCGAAGGAACUAUACCAAAAUCUAGUAAGUAAACUUUGAAUUUUAUCUCUUUGUGCUUUAGGGUAGCAGGAUUUCUGUUUUUAUGGAAAGGUCAUGGAGAAUGUAAGUAUGUAAUGGAUAAAACUUCUUAAAAUGUGUAAAUUUUAUCUAAGUAGGAUGGCAGUCCUAUUGUAAUCAAAAUAAUUUACUGAGCAUAUCUUCUAUGAAUUUUAUUAAUCUAGAGUCAGCUUGUAUGAUUUUAGUGUGAUUUGAAUGAAAAGACAAUUUUCAAGGAAAGAGAAAUCAUCACUCUAUUUUCUUUAAAGCCAUAUUAAAUUCAAAUUGUGUCAAGAACAAAUAAGUUACCCGUUUAAAAGUAUGCACAUGAGUGCUUUUUGAGAUACAGAAGUAUGCUAAGCUUUAAAAUUUUAUAUUUUUAUUAUUUACAACUCUUCUCUAAGGAAAGAUUAGUUCUCUGUAUAGAUAGAGAAACUGCAGCACCAAGGAUGAGUGAUUAGUUUGGUUUUCUCCAUGGACUUGGUGAGACUAGCUGUCAUGUACUGACAGCCAGGCCUCCAUGCUAAGGUAACCAGGUUGAAUCUCCCAAUUUGAAAACCCGAAUGUGUGGUUAGGAAUAAACUCAGAUUAACCAAUUUCUAAUGGUGAUUACUGUUACUACAUAGAAAAACAUUAUUUGAGUGAUUUAUAAAGUAGAAGAUUUUUGUGAAUGUUUCAAUAAAGUUUGUGUUGAUUAUUGAUAACACUAUCUACUGAAGCACUUUAAUAAAGAAAAAUAGGCUGGAAUUAGAAA